AUGCUUGAUCCCUCGGGGGCUCAGAAGAAAGUUCUUGAGGUAGCCAGUGAAUUAGGGCUCACCAUUUCCGUGGCUGUGGCACAUGAGGUGCUUGUUGACACAGGCUCUGGAUCAUCUUUUGGUGGUCGAUUUUGCUCUGACGGGGGUACCAGCACUUAUCUUGGAGCAGCUCCUAUUGUUGAAUGCCUCGAGAAAUACCAACCAGACGUGAUAAUAACUUCAAGAGUGGCUGAUGCUGCCUUGUUUUUAGCACCGAUGAUCUAUGAACUAGGUUGGAAUUGGAAUGACUUGGAGCUGCUAGCUCAGGGAACCCUUGCGGGCCACCUUCUGGAGUGCGGUUGUCAGCUCACUGGUGGAUACUUCAUGCAUCCAGGUGACCAGCAUAGAGACAUGGCUUUCCCUCUCCUCCAGGAUUUGUCACUUCCUUAUGCAGAAAUUGGCUAUGACGGAAAAGUAUGUGUACUAAAGGCUGAAGGUAGUGGUGGAAUUUUAAAUACCUGUACUUGCGCCGAGCAACUGCUAUAUGAGAUUGCUGAUCCUAGUGCCUACAUUACACCUGAUGUGGUAAUUGAUAUUCGAGACGUUUCUUUCCUUCCCCUGUCAGACUGCAAAGUACAAUGCAGUGGAGCAAAACCAUCUGCUAACACUGCUGUGCCUGAGAAACUCUUGCGGUUGAUUCCAAAGGAGUGUGGUUGGAAAGGAUGGGGAGAGAUAUCUUAUGGAGGACAUGGAUCUAUGCAACGUGCUAAAGCCUCAGAGUUUCUGGUUCGAUCUUGGAUGGGGGAAACCAUUCCUGGUGUGGACCACUGUAUUCUUUCUUAUAUAAUUGGGGUUGAUAGCCUGAAGGCGACAAGCAACGGCGCUGAAUCAUCUGGGCAGUUAUGUGGAGAUAUUAGAUUACGUAUGGAUGGUCUUUUCGAACUCAAGGAACAUGCGGUCCAGCUGACGAAAGAGUUUACUGCUUUAUAUACAAACGGACCAGCUGGUGGUGGUGGAAUUAGUACCGGACAUAAGAUGGAGAUUGUUCUUGAAAAGCGUUUGGUGAGCCGCGAAUCUGUAAUGUGGAAAACUGGGAUUCAGCACACCAACACAUCAGGGUCAGAGAUCCUCAAACAUCGUUUUCAAGUUGCGCGAGAGGAACUCCGCAAGAUCCCUAUGGAAAAUGAAAACAACCUUACAAUGAGAGGCGAUCAAUGGACGGAUUCAUCUGGAUUACAUCGCUCUCCUGCUCCAUCUGGCCAGAAGAUCCCACUCUACUCUGUUGCUCAUAGCCGGGCUGGUGAUAAAGGAAACGACAUAAACUUCUCACUAAUCCCACAUCAUUCCCCAGACGUGGAGCGCCUGAAACUCAUCAUUACUCCUCAAUGGGUAAAGAAAGUGAUGUCAGUUCUGUUGUCAACCUCUUCUUCGUAUCUUGAGAUGGAUGCAAAACCAAUGGACGAAAAUGUGUCAGUAGAGAUAUAUGAUGUUAAAGGCAUUCAUGCUUUGAAUGUUGUCGUACGGAACAUAUUAGACGGCGGAGUCAACUGCUCCAGAAGAAUUGAUCGACACGGAAAGACAAUCUCAGAUCUCAUCUUGUGUCAACAAGUUGUGUUAUAA